AUGUCGUUGGCGUCCCUCAAUUUAAUGUGCUAUGAUCCAGAAAGAACGUGCUCACACAGACGCAAUCGAGACAAUCUCAUGUGCGAUGACUACGUGCUUCACCAAGGACAAAGCUCCGAGGGUUGCUUGCGCAGUGUGACGCAGACGAAGAAUGUUGAUGUGACCUCUCAGAAGCGACUACGCCAUCGCAGCCUUUGCAACGCAUCGGCGGAACAAUUGCUCUCCCCGCCUGAAAAGCACAGGAUCGAGCACGGAACGACUGAGAUCGACCCAAAGUUUCACUGCUUCAACUUCUUUGCCGACCUUACCCUGAUGGCUGCUAUGAAAGCAACUCGAAUCUCGCCACGAAUCGAUGAAUAA